AAAACGUUCAAGUUCACGUGGUAGUCCGGAUACUGCCGCCAACACCACCACCAUGGAAUCGAACAAUAUGAAUCAAUCAUCCACAACUGUCAAAUCUGGAGCAUCCAGUGCUCCAACAACUCCAACAAAAGCACGUGCUGCUGCAACUACCUCCACGAACAAUGUUAAACCAAAGCCGGAAGAAAUUGCCGAAACGUUUUUGGUGGUCAAUGAAAGACCUGUCGAUGAUAUAUCCCUGGAUUUCUUUUAUAAACCGCACACAAUUACCCUCUUGGCUGUAUCCGUAUUGGCUGUUAUGUAUUUUGCCUUUGUCAGGGACGAAGGUAAUUUCGAGGAAAACAUUUGGGCUGGCAUAUUGUGCGUGGUAUUCUUUUUCCUAAUCAUUUCGGUAUUGACAUUUCCCAAUGGUCCAUUUACACGGCCGCAUCCGGCAGUAUGGCGUAUACUCUUUGGUUGUUCAGUGCUUUACCUAAUGGCCUUGCAAUUUCUAAUGUUCCAAAAUCACAAGACUAUUAUGAAUAUAUUCUAUUGGUUGGAUCCGAAACUGCGGGAUUUCCACAUUAAUAUGGAUAAGGAAUACGGUGUCAAUUGUUCCGAUGUCUCUUUGGAACGUGUCAAAGGUCAUUUGGAUGUUUUCGCCUGGGGCCAUUUCUUGGGCUGGGCUUUCAAGGCGGUGCUGAUACGUCACAUGGGCAUAUUGUGGGCCAUCUCGAUAAUGUGGGAAAUCACCGAAAUUACCUUUGCUCAUUUAUUACCGAAUUUCGUGGAAUGCUGGUGGGAUGCUCUCAUUUUGGAUGUUUUAAUUUGCAACGGUUUGGGUAUAUGGGUCGGUUUGAAAAUCUGUAAAAUUUUGGAAAUGCGUGAAUACAAAUGGGCCAGUAUUAAGGAUAUCUCAUCGACUAGUGGUAAAAUUAAGCGUGCCGUAUUACAAUUCACACCAGAAAGUUGGACAGCCAUUAGAUGGUUGGAUCCUAAAUCGACUGCUAUGCGUUUUGCAGCUGUUAUACAGUUGGUAAUCUUUUGGCAGGUAACUGAACUGAACACAUUCUUCCUAAAGCACAUAUUUGAAAUGCCACCAGACCAUUAUAUUGUCAUUGGACGUUUGGUAUUUGUGGGCCUGUUUGUGGCGCCAUCUGUUAGACAAUAUUAUACCUAUGUUACGGAUACACGUUGUAAACGUGUCGGCACCCAGUGUUGGGUAUACGGUGCCAUUAUGGUAUCCGAGGCAAUUUUAUGCAUUAAAAAUGGCAAAGAACUGUUUGAACGCACGCAAGCCAUUAACAUUGUUAUUUGGCUGACGGUACAAGUUCUAAUAUCCAUAGCAUUUGUAUAUGGCUGUAUAUUGUGGCAGCGCAUGAUGGACAAACGUAAGGCCAGCAAAAAUCAACAAUCCCCUGUUAAAAAACUUAAAUCCCAAGACAGCAAGGAAUCAAAAGGCAAAGUAUCGCCCAAAAAAUCCCAAAAACGCAACGACAAGAAGAUUGAAUAAAUGAUUUACAACCAACCAACAAACCAUCCAUCCCACAAACCAAACAUAUAAAAAA